AGUUUCCACUCUACCAGUGUCUCACAAUUUGACAAAGUCUGCCCCCAAAGUGAACAAAUGAGGCUAACAAAUUUGCGCUGGAGAUCCUACAUUUUCGAAGCAGUACCAUUGGACGGCUGGCCACAGCACCGUCUCUACUGGUAGCACCACACGAAGCCUUUGUGUUUUACAAAGAGAACUCUACGAGCCAGUGGAAGUUUCGAGUGAGCAAGAGAAGUUACAUUAGCAGUUGGUAUACCAUCGCUUGGAUUCAUCUUUCUUUCGCUGUAGCCUUCGACAACUGAGCCACCAAGAGUAUAUUGCUAUUGCAAACCAUGAGCGGCACGACAGGUUCCAGUACGGGCAGUUCAGAUGUCAGCCUAAAUGAUCUGAGCGCCAACCACAAUAAUGAGCUGUUCGCGAAUGCAGUUGCAGAUUCUUGUGUCGAUGCAUUGGCGCAGAUGGAUCUUUUUCCGCCCCCAGAGCAAGCUCUAGAAGACGGCACCCUUCAGGAUGACGAUAGCAGCAGCAAACCAAAGCCCAAGGAAGACAAACAGUUUCUACUGGCAGAUAAUACUGGAUACGUGGAUGUCAUGGGUGAAACAGAAAAUCUUUGGAACAAGGCAAUAACUACUCUUUCAAAAAACAAAGCUGAAACCCCCAAGAUGCUUCCGAAUAGCUCCACCUAUGAAGACCUUGACACGAAUGGAGUAGCGGGAAAGACUCUAGGAAAAGGAGAGUUUGCAAAAAAGAAGUCUGCCUAUGACAUGAGCCCUAUCAUGUUGGAUGGAGACAUUACGGGAGGAGAGGCUCCUGGCAUGAGCGACAAUGACAACAAGAAGGGUAGGAAGGUAAUCCCAUCUUCCGACUAUUCGAUUGACGGAGAGUCUGCAAUGCUGUGGGGAGAUGAUCCUGAAAAUGCUUACUUCAAGUAUAUGAUGGAACAAGAGGCUGAGGCCCGUGCCCUGGAGGGGAAGGAUCAAGACGACAGCCUAAUGGCAGAGAGCGCCCGACAGGAAUUACUGAACAACACGGGCUACGGAGGUGGAAACUCCUCCCUGGAAGACGAUACGACUCUGGGGCAUGGAAGCAAGGCCAUUGGGUGGGAGCCCUCGACAAUUGCAGGCGGUCCCUCGACAAUUGCAGGCGGUCAACUCUCCACAUUGACCCCCUCGCAUAACCCAUCUGGAUCACAGAAAGCGUAUGUAAAAAAUGGCCAACUCAUUAUCCCCAAUGUCAUUUACGUUCAAGAUGGCACUGAUCCGGACCCCCAGGCUCAGGCUCGUAACUGGAACAACAGCCCAAUAGAGAACUUCGUGGCGAACGACCCUGUAAGGAGCAAGUCUCCUACAAAUAACAAAUCCAAGAGAACAAAGGAAGUUCCAGAGCAACCCCGAAGAUCAUCCUCGCAUCGACAGAGUGGUGCAAGCAAAGCAGCAACCAAACAACUUGCAGAGGAAGGUGAAGGCGCCAUGAUGGAUGACAGGUACAAGUCAGGAUGGUAUACUCAUCGCCUCUUGAUUGGCUUCGCCUUGUUUUUCCUUGUCUUGACCACGGGGCUGGUAGCAGCGCUGAUUGUAUACCGCAACUAUUACGCCGACGAUGGCACGACCACCGACACCACAACCUCACCAGCAAGUCCUACGAGUACAUCGACUAGCUUGGGUGAGAUUGGGAACCCCCUUACUUGGUCUCCGUCUCCGUAUCCAACACCAUGGCCCACACGAUGGCCCACCACGAGUCCAACUGUGGGGAUUCCAACAAACUUGCGUCCUCACGUUCUUGCUAGAGGGCCGACGAGGCUGCCUACGUGGGCACCCACAGGUAUACCCACUUGGAUGCCCACUGGAGCACCAUCGUUCAAGCCCUUUACUGAUUCACCAACGAGGUCCCCGACUUCUGAUCCAAGCGCGGCCCCCACAGGUUCACCAACAAAAACUCCCACAGGUAUUCCCACUGGUAUCCCAACGGCUUAUCCAACCUUUCUACCAACAACGACGCCAACCGCUGUCCCAACUGGAUUUCCAACCUCGACGGAGCUGCCAAGCGCCAUCCCCAGUUUUAGACCAUCCAGAGAGCCGACAAUAUCUCCAACCAAACUAUCGUCCCCUCCGUCAUCCCCUCCUACAACCGAGCCUACACCUACUCUUUUUCUGCCUACUACAGCCGAGCCAACACCUACUCUUCUUCUGCCUACUGUAGACCCUUCUGUGGACAGCGACCAAAACACAACCAUUGUCAUUGUCUCUCCUGCCGAUGUUCCCACAACAACUCCAAGUGAUGCACCAACGACGACGGCGACAACGACGACACCUUCGAUUGCACCUGCGACAACUGUGCCUAUCACAUCUAGCCCUGUGACCAGGCCUCCGGUAGCUGGAGCUCCACCCGUAUCAAAACCAACCACCGCUCCAACCUCAUCAGGUUCUGUGGCGGAAACUACUUUACAGCCAUCUAACAAUCCAACAUCCAAGCCAACACCCAAACCUUCUCAAAGCCCAGUGACCGAACCAACAAGUAGCCCUCCGACAGUUCAGCCAACACCAAGGCCCACGCCCAUGCCAACAGAUCAACCAUCGCCAGAACCAACUAAUCCAGUCCCAACAAGGACACCCACCGGCACGCCAACAAAUCCACCCUCAACCGCAAGCCCUUCGACUCAACCACCGGUCCCUUUCUAUGUAGAACUGGGUCAUGUAAAAAGUUUCUUGUUGGAAUAUUCUCCAAUGUCCACGGAUGAAUUGGAUGAUGAACAAUCCACGCAGUAUCAAGCAUUAGUGUGGCUCGCAAACUGGAUGGCAAGUGUGCCACCGCAAGAACUCGGUCGCAUCACCAAGAGAAGGUUGGUCCAGCGAUGGGCCCUUGCAGUCCUUUACUUGGAUUUGAAUGGUCCCAACUGGACAAACGGUUCAAGCGAUUGGAUGGGUGAAGAGGACUCUUGUGUUUGGCUUCGGAACAACAACCAGGGCACCUGCAAUGCAGCUGCAUUAGUCAUGACACUCGAUCUUUCGAGCAAUAACUUGCGUGGGACCCUACCAAAAGAGAUUGCUCUUUUAUCUUCCGGACUGACUCGACUUGAAAUGGACCGAAAUGAUAUCUCUGGUCCCCUUCCGAUUCACUUCGGGAGAAUGAGACAGCUUGUAUCUCUCGACUUUACGCGGUGCGAUUUGACAGGGUCCAUCCCAACUCAUGUGGGCGAUCUUCAAAGCCUGGCCAUUUUGGGCUUUGGUCGAAAUGACUUUGUCGGCUCGAUUCCCACAGAGAUCGGGAAAUUGAGCAAUCUCGUGUAUUUGGGCAUGGAACGCAAUGAUAUACGAGGAACCAUUCCCACCGAAAUCACUGCUCUCACGAACCUGGAAUACAUUGCUCUGGAUUGGAACGCUUUGACGGGGGAGGUCCCACCCGCGUUGAGCAAUCUCAGCAGUCUCCGAACUCUCAUUCUGGCAAGAAACUCAUUGGAAGGAGAAGUUCCAUCAGAGUUUUGCGAGCGUUCCAUGGACUUUGUAGCCGCCGAUUGCGAUGAAGUCAGUUGCUCGUGUUGUGACUUGUGCUGCGAGAACGGACAAGGAUGCGCCAGUACAUAGCAGGGCUGUGUACUGUAGUGCAUUCAACCUCGAGCUGUAUUCAUGAAGCAACUCUUGGCUUCUUGCUUCUUACAGCAUCGUGGUGGUACCCAUCUCAAGAACAUUCGCUAGGAAGCUGUCUUGUGGGAGAUACAGUUCAUGUCUAUUCGUUUGGUUGGUCGAUGGAAUCGAAUCAAGUCUCAUCAUUCAAGCAUGGAAGUUUCUCUCGUCAUCAUCAGCACCAGAAGAACAUGUCUUUACCUAUCAUAAUUAGACUUGUACAGUUUUAUCCCUUU